UGCCCUUAACACUUAACACUCUCAUCUCAUUUCCAUUUUCAAGCUUAGUUCUUUGUUUUCUUUAUUUCGUCUUCGUUUUCCUUUUCUUCGCCGGCGAAGUAUCGCCGGGAAAUAAAAUCCGGCAACGUGUAGUCACUCACGAUCUUCGCGUGAAUUUCCCGUGGCAAUAACAUUAUGUCCUCGUCCCGUUGCGUGAUUCGGGAACUUUAACUGUAUCUAGAAAAAAGAAAUAAAAAAAUUCAAAGAAAAGCGACUCUAAUUAGCUGAGUUUUGAAGUUAUUCCAUGCAUUGUCUGCAAAUUAGAUGCAAAUAAUAGUACUAUAUUAUAAUCAACGUUAAGAGUAUCGUGUCUUGCUUAAACCGCAUUAAUUUUUAAUUUUUGACUAAGAUGUGAAUUUCUGUGUUAAUUGCGUGCGCUGAUCUCAUCGAAAAACGAAGAAUCAAAGAAAGUUUGAAGAGCGGCCGUGGCAACAGUGGAAGCGGUUUUUUUUUUGAAGGCUGAUAAACAUGCCUUUUCCGAUGAAGAUCCAACCGAUCGAUUUCAACACGCUAGAAGAGGCAGCGCCGCCGCGUUCAGAGGCGGUAAAGCAGCCGGCGGUGAAAUCACGGUUCAAGCGUCUGUUUGAGCGGCCGUUCCCUAGCGGUCUAAGAAACUCCUCGACGGAGAAGAUCGGUGCCAUCGCAGUCACCGUCGAUGAGCUUCCUUUUAGCAAAGAAUGCGCCGCUGAGUUUGAACCGAGCUCCGUUUGCUUGGCGAAAAUGGUUCAGAAUUUCAUAGAAGAAAAUAACGAGAAACAACAAUCUUGUGCGGUUAGGUGUAGCGGCCGUAACCGCUGUAACUGCUUCAGUAAUCGUAGCUGCAGCGACAGCUCCGAUGACGAAAUGGACGGUUUCUUUGGUGACUCAAAUCUAACUUGUUCAGCUGAAGCAUCUGAAAUCCUAAAGAGUUUGGUUUCUCCUACGAGUGUGAAUGAAAAAAAAUUAUUGGCGGAUACAAUGAAGAUCCUGGAAAAGAACAGGAAUUGUAAGAGCAAAGAUGAAUUUUGCAGGAAAAUUGUUACUGAUGGAUUAUUGACCCUUGGAUACGAUGCUUCUAUCUGCAAAUCUUUCUGGGAAAAAUCUCCCUCUUUUCCCUCUGGGGAGUAUGAAUACAUAGAUGUGAUAAUUGAGGGAGAACGUUUGUUGAUCGACAUCGAUUUCAGAUCAGAAUUCGAACUCGCCAGAACAACGAAAACUUACAAGUCAAUACUCCAAAUGCUUCCGUUCAUCUUCGUCGGCAAAGCCAAUCGUCUCCAGAAGAUAAUUGCUAUUGUUUCUGAGGCGGUAAAGCAAUGCCUGAAGAAGAAAGGAAUGCAUAUUCCUCCAUGGCGAAAAGCUGAGUAUAUCAAGGCAAAAUGGCUUUCUCCUUAUAAUCGAAUCACACCUUCACCUUCACCCACACCUGUAACUGGAACACUCAAAGACUUCGGGCUCGAUUCCAAAGCUAAAGACAAAGGCCAGCCAUUGUUUGAAGUGAAUCCCGAGGAUAAAAACUCAGUUGGAGAUGCUGAGUUGGGGGAACCCAUAUUUGCUUUGUGUGAGAGUUCUGAAGAAGAGGAAGGGAAGGGUAAGAAGGUGAAGAAAGAAGAAUGGAAGAUUGGGGUUAAGAUCGUGAAUUCGUGACUGGUUUGGCUUCAGCCAUUGAAGAUGAAAUGAAACAAUAAAUUUUUGACUCUUUUUUUAAUUUUGGGUUAUUGGAGAAUCAAAUAUACAGUGGUAAAUGACUAAACCGUUUGAAGAAUCCCCUUCACUUUUUAAGCAAGGGUUGAUCUGAUUUUUACUAAUAUGAAUGACAUUUUUAUAAAAAUAGUUGAGAAUUUUUUUUA